CAAUCUGUCUGGGGCAUGCCAAUGCCUGAUGUUGAGGCUGAUCUCAGCGCUGGAGCCAUUGCCUGUUUUUCUCAGGCAUCAGGAAUGUCUUCUGAGCCUCCUGCAUCAGCCUCGGAGCAGUCCCCCUCCUCUCUGCACUCGUCCACUUCUCUUCAUCUGCCUGAAAACCGCAGGACGAGAGAUCGCUCCCCAUCUCCCAUGAGGGGGUACCUCAUCCCCAGCCCACUGCCCACGCGGCGCACCAGGACGUAUUCAGCAACUGUGAGAGCAUCAGAGGGUCCCAUCUACAAAGGCGUCUGUAAGUGUUUCUGUCGCUCUAAAGGCCAUGGCUUCAUUUCCCCUGCAGAUGGAGGGCCUGACAUCUUCGUACACAUUUCUGACAUCGAAGGCGAGUACGUUCCUGUGUCAGGGGACGAGGUCACCUACAAGGUGUGCACCAUCCCACCAAAGAACGAGAAGCUUCAGGCCGUGGAGGUGGUCAUUACCCACCUGGCCCCGGGCACCAAGCACGAGACCUGGUCGGGACAUGUCAUCAGCUCCUGAAGCGGCCCAGGGGACGCUGCCUGCGUGGGUCACUGCUCAGCGCCUGCCAUCAGGAACCUGACCUGAGAAUAGUCUGCAAAUGGUGCGGGAGGAAAUACUGCAUUGUCAAUAAAAGCAGAAGUAGGCCAAAAUUACCAUUUUUACACUAGGCCUGAUUUAACAAAGGAGGAAAAAAAGGCAAUCCAGAUGCUAACGAAAUGAAAAAUUAUGUCUUUAUUAAUGUGUUUACAAAAAUGUAUUUUAAAGAGAUGUAGUUUGUGUGCUUUGAGGGGUUGGAUAUUUUUUUUUUCCUUUAUUUUGAACCAAUUCCAGUCCCUCAGGGGACUCGGGGAGCCUUGAAGGAGAGCCCUUGCAUCACAGCCAGCUGUAGCAGAUGCACAGGUGCAAGGCCCCAUGGGUGCAUGAUCACUGUGGUCCCUUGAGCUGUUCUUCUGCAGGUGUCAGAGUACACUUACUGCUGGUAGCAGUGCCUCACUGCCUUGACAUGAAACUGAGCAAGCUGCUUUGUGCUGCAAUUUGUUUUCCUUGUGGAAGGAAGAUCACAAACUGCUGCACAGUGGAAAAUCUCCAUCUGGUGGUUAUGCCCUGAUGGCCUUCAGGUGCAGCAUUUGCAAACAUGUCUGCAUAUGUGUGGAAUAUUGUGUGUUUUUUCUAAAAAAAGCCUGGAUUGUUCAUGAAUUUGGUGCCUUGAUGGUUGAUUAGCAACAGAUUUUAUAGGCCAGUAUUACUUAAAAAAAAAUAAAAAAAUUGCUUCAAGGUAAGUGGUAGAAAGCUGUAGAGUAGCUUCAAACUUCUGGCUGUGUCUGAAUUGAGACUUCUUGACUGCAUAUAGCUGAUAAAUGUCUGCUGUGGUGUUUCACUGGCAGGCAGGUAAAACAACUUCUGAAAAGCAAGUUAGGUGCUGUUGAGCUCACUGUAUACUGAAGUACCGUGAGAGUUACUUAGCAGACUCGCCUCUGGGUGGAGUAGAUUCUGCAGCUGUUUUUUUAGAAGACUUUCUUGACAGGAUGUGCUCUGGCCACCCUUGCCUCAGCUCUCUUCUUUGCCUGCGAGGUUGCAUAUAGUUGAAGUAAUGUGACUUUGCUGUUCCCGUUUGCCUUCCAUACCUUUUUUCAAACGAGGCAUUUUUUCCUCUUUUCUUUCCUAACAGUGGAUUUUUAUUGACUUUGCACAUAAAAAAAGAAUAAAAAUAGAAAAAGAUUGCACGAUCCUCUUCUGUUAGCUCCGUGACGCGGUGUAACUUCAGUUGCGUGUUUGCAGUUUUCCCACGAGGCAUCGCUGUCAUGAAAUGUCUCAGGACUCUCACAGCAGAGAUCUGUUCCAAGGUCUGACCUGGGAAGAGCUCAGCUGUAUGAAGGUCAGUAACUGCUGUGAUGGCUUGUUUUACUUUAAGCUGUAUUACACUAUAGUGUGCUGUAAUGACCAGCCUGCAGCAGCUUUUUGUUUUUAACCACGACUAAGUAAUGGUAGGUUUAAUGCUAUCUAGCUUGUGGAGUACUGCAUAUUGCCUUCUUUACAAUAAAUGCAGCUGUUGUAAUGCUGUAA